AUGGGUGUCCCAGUUCCGGCGCUAUGCACGGGAUUCCGCGUCUGGCAGUAUCCCGACCAGCUGCUACUGGAGCCGUUGGAUGCGUCCACCAGCUGCCUCGCCAUCAGCCGAUCUGACGGCAGCCUGAGCGUCGGAGGCGAGCCGUCGCUUGCCGGAACGGUCGCAGAGCCCAAGUCGGCGUGCCUUCUCCUGGGCUUCAUCGAGCUGCUCGCAGGCACGUACGUGCUGCUGGUCACGAACCGGCAGCUCGUCGGCGCGUUCAAGGGUGCGCACGUCUUCCGAGCCACCGCCUUCGACAUUGUGCCAUGCUGCUCCAAGGAUUCCCUCACGCCCAAGCAGAAAGCGGACGAGGAGGAGUACCUUGUUCGCCUGCGCUCCGCCCUGUCAGCUCACGGACUCUUCUUUUCCUACGGCGCUGACAUCACCACCAGCUUACAGAGGGAGGCUCUAGCUGAACCUGCUGGGCCAAAGCCCCUGUGGAAGCAGGUGGACGACCGUUUCUUCUGGAACCUGCAUCUCCAGCAGCGGGCCGUGAGCUUCCCCGAG